GUCGCAUGAUGAAUACACGAAGAAGUGAACCAAUGGAGAGAGUUAAAAAUGUUCUCUCUCCGAUUGCGAAGUCUGAGAUAAAUCUCCGCAAAUCCACUUAUAAGACGGUGCCAAAAGCAACGGCGACGAUGCAAAAGAUUACGCAAAAUUCAACGGAGUCAAAGACACCAGAGUCAACUAAAUACGACGGCGACAAUACGACAAUGCAAAGAGCUAGUGUUUCAGAGUCGAUGUCAUCAGGGGCAACGACGUAUGAAAUAAAGGAAAAUAUACAUACAAAUAUGAAAAGAAUUAAUCAAGUCGUGCGUCGGGAAGUCGCCAAGGAAAGGAAGAAAUUAAAAAAAGAAGAAUAUCAAAGACGCAAAGCGCAAUACAGGACACGUAUUCCUGCACCACCUGUGUAUGUGGCACCAUCGCCAAUACCAUCGUUUUACGUACCGAGUUACGCACCAUCGGCUUAUGCAGCGCCGUUUAUGUGCGCACCACCGCCUUUUGCUGCACUGGCUCACCCACAACCACCGCCUUACGGAGCACCGACUCAUCCGCAACCACCGCCUUACGGAACGCCUUCGAACGUAAUAUUUUCUUCUCCUUACGCGCAUAUUACUGCCAUAUGUUGGGUAGCAGAGUCCGCAUCGGUGGAACUUUUAAAUCUACGCCGAUGGGUGCUGGGACUGUCACUCUUGGGUGGCAGAGUCCGCAUCGGUGGAACUUUUAAAACUACGCCGAUCUUCGGCACUCCUAUGGGUUCUCCGCUGUCACCUAUUCUGGCUGAUAUGGUGAUGGAUGAUCUUGAGACACAAUGCUUAGACUCAUUGGAUUUUACUGUUCUCACUUACUAUAGAUUUAUAGACGAUGUUUUUGCAAUAGUGCCACGUAAGGGAAUGGAAAAAAUUUUAAUGAAUUUUAAUAAUUACCAUGAGCGAUUGAGAUUCACUUACGAGAUGGAAGUUCCCAGAUAG